AUGGUGAAACUUUUAUUCACCAGCCAACCUUUAGAGAAAAUUUCACCUUCACUUUUAUUCUUCUACUACCCCACGACCACAACAACUACAACAGAACCCACUACCACCACCACGACAACAGAACCUACGACCACUACCACGACUACGGAGCCCACGACCACAACGACUACAACAGAACCUACGACCACUACUACGACUACGGAGCCCACGACCACAACAACUACAACAGAACCUACGACCACCACCACGACAACACAACCUACAACCACCACCACGACAACAGAACCCACGACCACCACCACGACAACAGAACCCACGACCACCACCACCACAACAUCCACGAUCACUGCGACAACUGCAGAACCUACAACAACAACUGCUACUACCACGACUGUAGCACCUACGACGACGACUACAGCCACCACUGCUAAGCCAACAACGGCAAAGACCACAGCGCGUGGAACCACUGCCACUACACGAGCUACAAGAACUAGUGUUGCAACAAAAUCAACGGUUACCGCAGAACAAACAACAACAAGCGCACGAACAACACCGGUUAGAACAACCAAACGAGUUACAAAACCAGCGAAUGGAACUUCGAAGUCAACAACAAGAGUUGGUACAAAGACAACAUCGGCUACAACGACUAAAUCAGCAACUACUAAACGUCAAGCAACUGAUAAAACAACGAAACACACGACAGUUAAACCAAACAAGUCAACUAACCGCGCAUGUUCGAGUUCCUCGUCUGACGAAAGUAAUGAUAGUCGUGAACAAAAACCUCGCGGUUGUUCGUUAUCUCAAGGUUCGAAAGGCUGCAAUCAACGUGUGCAUGUUAAACGAAUUCUUUCCAGCACGGCAGGCAGAGGCGAACAAAGCCGUCGGUGUGCUAAGUGUGCUUUGAGUCACAUUAGUUUCACUGUCCUUCUCGAAGGCAUUACGCUCAAUCAAUUAACAAAUCAAUGUAAUGAACGAUAUAUGGACGAUUUCAAACAAAGUUUAACCGACAAAAUUCGAAAAUUCCAACCGAACGGAUUGAAAUCAAUGAAAAUCACAAGUUUGACCACACAUGAAUCAAACGGUCUUGUUGUCGAACUUCUCUUUAAUGUCACACCACAAUAUAAUCAACGACUUGCCGUUGCUAUCCAUCGUGCUCUUGCAUCAUAUGGAUUUGAUCAGUUAAUCGAAGGCAGAAACUAA